AUGGCAUUCCAGGCAUUUGGGAAGAACUUAGGUCCAACUACGCAACCAAAUCCUCAAAACCCUCUCAGCAAUUUCACUUCGCCCCCUGCUCCCAUGCCUACUUUUCCAAGAUCUCCCAGAAAUUUAGUUGAAUAUAGUGAUCUUGAUGCUCCGGAGGGACAGCAUUUGGCCAUUGACAGAAGCUACACAACUAUGGGUUCUUAUCGCCCUUCUGCUGGAAUUCAGAGUCGUUCAGAUUUACCUUCUAAUAGUAGGAGCUACUUGGUUCCUCAGCAAGCACGUUCACCUCCUUUGGUUUUCCACAAUAAUCUAUAUGCAGGAGACCGAUAUUCUCUUUCUGCUGAAGCUCAGCGCCAUCCUUUCUCUUCUUCAGUGAGGGGAUAUCAAACAAUGUCAUCUAGCAAUUUCACCAAUGAAGUGGCUCAAAAAGGUGUCUCCUCAGUAUCGCCAUUGGUAAAUACUUUAGAAUCCGGAAGGAAGUUUCAAGCCAAGCAUGCAGAUGUUCAUCUCCCAAAAAGAACGAGGCCCCCAUCACUUCCACCUACGAAUGGAGCUCCAUUGGAGAAUUCUGUUUUUUAUCUGGAUGGCCAAAAAAGUCCUACUACAUCUCAACCAAAAUUGCGGGCAAAUAAUAGUCCUCAAAGAGGUCAAGAUUUUCCAAGUAAGAGGCAGUCUUCAACACCUGGAGAAUAUGAUAAUCCUGAAGUUGUUGCAAGCAAGCCAAAGCACUUUCCAGUUGCCAAAAGAUCCAAGAUACCUUCCUCAUCUUCUCCUGACCAAGGUUUUCAACGGGAUCCCGAUUCUGCAGAUGAAAUUGAGCGAGAACUGCAAGCCAAAGCAAAACGUUUAGCCCGCUUUAAGGAUGAACUUAGCCAGAGCGACUCUACAACUUCAAUCCAGAAGGUUCCUGUAAUAAGACAGAAUCAAUCUAUGCUGGAAAAAAGGAAAUAUACUGAGGAUCCUACAACGGAUAGCAAUGUUAUCUCCGAUAAUGAAGGCCCGACACCAUCCAGCAUUAUAAUUGGAUCGUGUCCAGAUAUGUGUCCUGAGUCUGAGAGAUCAGAACGGGAAAGAAAAGGAGAUCUCGACCAUUACGAACGCUUCGAAGGCGAUAGAAAUCAAACUAGCAAAUUUCUUGCCAUUAAAAAGUACACUAGGACAGCAGAGAGGGAAGCAGUUCUAAUACGGCCAAUGCCAAUCCUGCAAAAGACGAUGGUUUAUCUUCUGGAUUUGCUGGAUCAGCCUUACGAUGAUAGUUUCCUUGGCUUGUAUAACUUCUUGUGGGAUAGGAUGAGGGCAAUCCGUAUGGACCUGAGGAUGCAACAUAUUUUUAACCUAGAAGCCAUCAGGAUGCUGGAGCAGAUGAUAAGACUUCAUAUAAUAGCCAUGCAUGAGUUAUGCGAAUACACCAAAGGAGAGGGAUUCUCAGAGGGAUUUGAUGCUCACCUAAAUAUUGAGCAGAUGAACAAAACAUCGGUUGAAUUAUUCCAGUUGUACGAUGAUCACAGAAAGAAAGGAAUACAUGUGGCAUCAGAAAGAGAAUUUAGAGGUUAUUAUGCACUCCUCAAGCUCGACAAGCAUCCAGGAUAUAAAGUUGAACCUGCAGAGCUGUCGCUUGAUCUGGCCAAGAUGACACCAGAAAUGCGGCAAACUCCAGAUGUGUUAUUUGCCCGUGAUGUAGCCAGAGCCUGUAGAACAAGCAAUUUUAUUGACUUCUUUAGGCUUGCUCGAAAAGCUAGCUAUUUACAAGCAUGCUUAAUGCAUGCUCAUUUUUCGAAGUUACGUGCCCAGGCUCUUGCUUCUUUGCACAGUGGUCUGCAGAGUAACCAAGGAAUUCCUGUCUCUCAUAUGGCUAAGUGGCUUGGGAUGGAGGAAGAAGACAUAGAGAACUUUCUGGAGUAUUAUGGAUUCUCAAUAAAAAAGUUUGAAGAACCUUAUAUGGUGAAAGAAAUUUCAUUUCCUAAUGUUGAGAAUGACUAUCCUGUCAAGCGUUCAAAACUUGUUCAUCAGAAAAAGUCAAAGAUGAUAGUAACUGAUGUCUCAUCUCCUUGUCUAGCUGAGUCAUUUGCCUCUGAGAAAGCAAAAAAGGGUCAUGAGCCGGAACCUACUCCUGUUCAAACCAUCGCGCCUGAAAGUACCCAGGCCAUAGAUGAGGAGAUGCAUGACUAUGGAACCAUCUCAUCCCCAAAAGACGCCACACUGAAGCCAAUGUUUGAAACAUCUGUUGAUUUAAGGAUCCCAAUCAAACGAAAGAGUGGAGAUGAGGUUCGGGUGGCUCCAGCUAAUCCUUUGGUAUGGGAUUUCUCCAAGAGCUCUCCUAAAUCAGAUGAAAUCAGGGUUGAAAGUGGAGGGACUCCGAUGUAUAACCAUAUUUUCAGAAACUCUUUUAACAAAGUGACUAAGAAUGACUCAGAAUUCACACCAUCACAAAUCACGCCAGAAAGAGCAGAAGUAAGAUUUCCCAUUCUGCCAAUUGAUUCUAAUGUGAAAAACCCAGUACCACAGCCCGUGUUCAUUGAAGACUUAGAAGAUGAAGAACAGACAUGUAUUGUGGAAGAAGAUAAAGCUGAUGAAGUGGGAACAAGUUAUUACGAUGAAGAAAUUGCUCAGGCAAAACUUAUACUUAUAUUGAGGAGAUGGAAGCGUUGUGCAUCAAAGAACAGAGAAUUGCGAGAGCAAAAACAGUUAGCUUCAUGUGCUGCACUGGGUUCACUCUCAAUGGGUCCACCAAUUUGGCACUAUGAAGUUCAAUCAGGCACUGUUGGCGAGUUCAACAUUCAUCAUGUCAUGAGUAGAAGACGUGAAAUUCUAGAAAAAUCAUGGUCAAUGCUGAAUCCUUCAGAUGUUGUAGCAGCUACACUUGUUGAAAGAAAUUCAGAUGCCAAAUGCAUUUGCUGGAAGAUUGUUUUAUGUUCUCAGGAUGACAGCCUCCAUCUGGACAUCACUUCGCAAAGGAAUGAAGCUCUGCAGACUGCUGCAGGUUCAUGGUUGCAUUCUAAACUUGUGCCCAUGAGGAAUGAGAAUGAUGAUUUGCUUAAUUCAUCUCCUGGCCUGGCUAUUUGGAAAAAAUGGGUUCCUAACCAAUCUGGCAUCAAUCUGACAUGUUGUUUGUCAGUUGUUAAGAGUGUCCAUUAUGAGAAUUUGGAUGACACUGUAACAGGUGCCACUGCAGUUAUCUUCCUUCUGUCAGAACGCAUCCCAAUGGAUCUCCAAAAGGAUCGGCUUCAUGACCUCAUCAUGUCAUUGCCUUCUGGUUCUCAAUUGCCCUUUCUAAUCUUAAGUGGUACAGACAAGGGCGAUUCCGAUCCUUCUGUUAUAUCUGAAAAAUUAGGGCUCAAUAAUAUUGACAAAUCACGGAUGGGUACAUUUUACAUUUCUUUUCUCAGAGACCAGCCAAUGGAACAGUUUGAUGGGUUUUUCAGCGACGAAAAGUUAAGAGAGGGACUGCAAUGGUUGGCAAGUGAAUCACCGCCACAACCUGUUAUCCACUGCAUAAAGACACGUGAAUUGGUUCUAACCCACUUGAGUUCUGCAUUGAAGGUUUUUGACGAGGUUAGUUCUCACAGUGUUGGUCCAAACCAAUGUAUUACGGCUUUCAAUGAUGCCUUGGAUCAAUCCAUGGGGGAAGUGGCUGCUGCAGCCAGAGCAAAUCCUAAUGGUUGGCCUUGUCCUGAAAUCAGUUUGCUGGAGAAGUCUACUGAUGAGUACAGAGCUUCUGUUUGGUACUUGCCGAGCAUAGGAUGGAGCUCAGCUCAAAGAACUGAAGCACUUUUGUCCGUGUUAAAUGAGUCUAAACUUCCAACAUUUGAGCAUGACAUUUCUUGGUUAUACAAGGGUUCAAAUAUGGGUGUUGAUAUUGGAAACCAGAAAUUACUCCUCGAAAAUUGCUUAGUUAACUAUUUUACAGAGACUAGUAAGUUGUUGGGAGCGUCGUUAGCAAGAAAAGAGGCAAGUGCAAUUCUUCAAAAAUGUGCCCAGCUUGAGCUCCAUCAUUCGACCUACUACAUAAUCCCAAGUUGGGUUAGAAUUUUUCGACGGGUAUUCAAUUGGCGGUUGAUGAAUUUGACUAGAGGGGAAUUUUCUUCGACGUAUAUCUUGCCGCAGAAUGACUAUUCUACCCCUUCAGUAGUUCUGGAUAAAUCUGAGCUUGACUAUAACACGUUGACACCUUUCUAUGUUUCUCCAUCACUGGAUGAAAUGGUCGAAGUUGGCUGCUACCCUCUCGAUUCUGGUGUGAUUCCUGCUGAACACAUGGCUUUCCAACCUUGGUCGCCCAUGGAUUCUGACAGAUGUGAUGUUCAGACUUCUAACAAUGAAAUUGUCUUGGUGGAGGAUGAACAGAAUGAAAGCCGGAAUGGUGUAGUGACGACAAGUGACGACGACUUCACAAAUGAAGUAAAUGACAGAACCCCACUAGGGUUCCUCGCCAAAGCUACCAAAGAAGCUGACAAACUAAGCGAGAUCCUGGAGAACACAGUGAAGUAUAAAAAGGUCAGAGAACGAGGUGCAUAUAUUUUGGCAUGGGAUAUGUUGUGCAUCUUUGAAGGUUCGUAUUGCCAUGGUGCUUUAAGCAAUGUGGUAAUGACUUUGGCUUUGCCCAAUGAUCAUCUCCCGUCCAAUACCGGAAGUAUGUAUCUACAAAUAGAGUGGUGCGUGGGUUUUGCAUACAUUACUUGUUUUGAAAGGAACUCAUCGAAUCGGAGCAACAAAGGACAGUGA